UCAGGGGUCACCGGAUGGAGCGAGGGCGGCUGCGCGUCGCGGAAAACCGGGUUCGGGCCUAUGGCGCCGGCGGAGCGUUGCCCUCUGUGUCGCCAGACCUUCUUCUGUGGCCGCGGACACGUGUACAGUCGCAAGCACCGGCGGCAGCUGAAGGAGGCCUUGGAGCGGCUCCUGCCCCAGGUGGAGGCCGCCCGCAAGGCCGUCCGCGCCGCGCAGGUGGAGCGCUACGUGCCGGAGCACGAGCGGCGCUGCUGGUGCCCGUGCUGCGGCCGCGAGGUGCGGGCACACCUGAGCCACGGCCUCCUGACGGUGCUGCACGGGGGGCUGCUGGAGCACCUGGCCAGCCCAGAGCACAAGAAAGCAACCAACAGAUUCUGGUGGGAGAACAAGGCGGAGUUCCAGAUGAAAGAGAAAUUUCUGAUCUCCCCCCAGGACUAUGCACGAUUCAAGAAGUCCAUGGUGAAAGGUUUAGAUUCCUAUGAGGAAAAAGAGGAUGAGGUGAUCAAAGAAAUGGCGGCUCAGAUCCGGGAGGCGGAGCACAGCCGGCGGGAGCUGCUGCGGUCUGUCCUAGAGCCUCAGGCAGUGCCAGACCCAGAAGAAGGCUCUUCAGCACUUGGAAGCUGGAAAGGGACCAACAGUCAAGUGGCUUCCACUUCACAGCAGCCCUCCUACUUGGACCUGCCACCAGCCCCAGAGCUUGACUGCAUGGAAGCAGGACAACCUCUGACAUUCAUCGGCCAUCAGGACGCACCGGGAAUUGGUAACAUCCACUCAGGUGCUACGCCUCCCUGGAUGGUUCAAGAUGAGGAAUACAGCUCUGCAAACCCACAAAUAGGGCCCUCCUACGAAGAAUUUCUUAAAGAAAAAGAAAAACAGAAAUUGAAGAAACUCCCCCCAGACAGAGUUGGGGCCAACUUUGAUCACAACUCCAGCACCGGCGUGGGCUGGCUGCCCUCUUUUGGCCGUGUCUGGAAUAACGGACGCCGCUGGCAAUCUAGACAUCAAUUCAAAACGGAAGCUGCAGCAAGAAACAAGCAGUCCCAUAAAGAAAAAGAGCCAAAUGUUUCCUGAUCCUUUUCCAAACACCAUGAGGCACAAAGCUAAGCCAACAAACCCAUACCUGCUCUUCUCCUUUGUAACUGCUUUUCUUAGUAAAGAGACAUACCCACUUAUUUGAUUUAAUAAAGUUUUAUUUUCCAAACUGUA